CAGCCGCCCACCCUGGCCCCGCUGUGUGCUCAAACAUGGGGGCGGGUCAGAUCUCUGGCCUUGCGGAGCCGGGCAGAUUUUUCCCUCGGCAGAUCUUCGCCCGUCCCCUCGAGCCCAGCCACUCCCCUUCAUUUCCCAUUCCCCUCCCCCGCGUUCGGACGUUAUUUUGUUUCCGCGCAUUUCUUCUGUCCUCCCCCCACCUCUCUCUCUUUCCCCCUUCCAUCAUGUUUGGUGGACUAUUCGGCAAGGCCCCCACUCCCGAGGAGCGAGUCAAGCAGUGGCGCAGCCAGCUCCGUAAUGAGACUCGUCAGCUCGACCGCCAGAUCCGCGACAUCGAGCGCCAGGAGCUCAAGGCCAAGCAGACGCUGAAGGAGUUCUCCAAGAAGGGCCAGAUCGACUCGUGCCGGAGCCUGGCCAAGGAGCUGGUGAUGUCGAAGAAUGCCAAGAACCGCAUCAUCCAGUCCAAGGCCCACUUGAAUUCGGUGUCCAUGCAGCUGACCCAGCAGCUGUCCUUCAUCAAGGUGAGCGGGUCGCUGGCCCAAAGUGCCGAGAUCAUGCAGGCCAUGAACUCGCUCAUGCGUGUGCCGGAGCUGAGCAUGACCAUGCGUAGCAUGUCCAAGGAGAUGGCCAAGGCUGGCAUCAUCGAGGAGAUGAUGGACGAUGCCAUGGAAUCCCUGGAUGCCGACCCGGACUUCGACGAGGAGGUCAGCACCGAGGUGGAGAAGAUCCUCCACGAGGUGUCGCUCGGCGUCACUGGGAAGAUGGCCCGCGCGCCGGUCGGGGGUCUGCCUGUGCAGCAGUCCGAGGAGACCGCUGUCAGCGACUCGGACCUCGAGGCCCGGCUGCGUUCGCUGCAGCAGACCUAGACAGCAUGGGACUCCGCGCGCGCGCGCGCGCGCACACUCCCCCCCCCCC